AUGGGCGAAAUUGGGGAUCAGGGCGAAAUCGGCCAGCUGGGCGACGUUGGGGAACCUGGCCAAUCUGGAGAUUCAGGGGAGCUUGGCGAGCAAGGAGAGGUUGGAGAGAAGGGACAGCCAGGCAAGGUUCAAGGCGAUCAAGGUGAGCAGGGCCCUCAAGGUUUUAAAGGAGACGAAGGAGAUGGAGGAAAGGAGGGGGAACCGGGUGAAUCUGGUCCUGUCGGUGAAGUAGGACCGGUUGGAAAGGCAGCAGAGCCAGUCUACUCGCCCAUCCUUUUCGCUAGACACCAUCAGGAUCCUUCGAGCAUCUCGUGUCCUGAGAACACAACAGAGGUCUAUCGAGGGUUCAGCUAUGUGAUGGGUGGAGGGAUUGACGAUCUCGUCAGCAUGGAUCUAGGUAGACACUAUUAG